AUGAGUGAUGACUAUGACAUAUUGGAAAACUAGAAUAAUCAAUAUACGGAUGAGAUAAAAGAACCAAAUAGAUAGUAGACUAAUUUAAAAAUUGUAAAAUUUCAGAAGGUACUAAACAAUGUAACUCAUCACAAGAAAGAUGAAAUAAAUAAAAUAUAAACAGUAAUUAUUAAAUCAAAAUCACCAUCUUAAGUUAAGAUGAGGAUAACAAAAGAAGCAUAGGCUGUAAAUGCUAAUUUAUUAUAAAUGAAUAAUUCAAAAGCUCAUAAAAAUUCAAUAAAGAUUGCACAAAAAAUAGAAAGUCUUAAUCAAGCCUAUUCAACUUAAAUAAGUAGAAAGCAAAGUUUUAUUUGCAAUAAACAAAGACCUGUAUCACCCUCUUAAAAAAAUUCAAACAGCAGACCACAUUCACCUGUCAGUAAACUUAAUUUAACUAGCCCUGAUUUAACUAUCUUUGAAGGGAUGUCCUAAAUAAAAGAAAAAUAUCUUAGUAAAGAUUGGGAAGAGUGUUGUAGAAUUUUAAAUAGAUGUAUUGAAUUAAUAUCUAGUUAAUUUACAAUUUAAAUACUAAAUAUUAAAUUUUUAUAAUAAAUAAAGUAAUUGAUGAUAUUUUGA